UUUAGCAAACAGAACUCGUCCAAAUUCCACAUUUACAUCAUCCAUCCCUCCUCAUAUUCUCUAUUCUCCAAUCCAAUGCCUCUAUGACCCAGAAAAAUGGGCAAACAACGCUUUAAUUCUCAAACAAGUAGCUAUGUCUUCAAUUCCCUUCUCUUUCUUAUUGGUUUAUCGGUCGGUCUAGUUUUCACCUUGUGCCUCAAAAGCUUCUCCUUCACCUUCCCUGGUGCUUUUCUGCUAUCUUCCCGGCUCACAACACUUCAAACAUCAUCGUUAGCAUCACAACCUCCUCAAUAUUCCCCUCCACAGCCACCUCCACCGCCAAAGUCAAUAGCGGUGCUUUCUACUGAUCAUACUUCAAAUGGUGCCUCUAAUUCUACCGCAAUAGUAGUAUCUUUGAGAGAGCAGGCAUCGUUGAUGCAUAACAUGACUGAUGAAGAGUUGUUUUGGAGGGCUUCGAUGGUUCCACAAAUCAAAGAAUUUCCUCACAAGUUUUUGCCUAAGGUGGCAUUUAUGUUCUUGACACCAGGCCCUCUGCCUCUUGCUCCUCUGUGGGAGAAGUUCUUCAAGGGUUAUCAAGGGCUUUACUCCAUUUACCUGCAUCCUCAUCCUUCCUACAAUGAUUCAUGGCCUCAAGGUUCUGUUUUCUACGGGAGAAGAAUUCCUAGCAAGCCAGUAUCAUGGGGAAGAAUAAACAUGAUUGAUGCCGAACGAAGACUUUUAGCAAAUGCUCUCCUUGACUUCUCCAACCAAAGAUUCGUAUUACUCUCGGAUUCAUGCAUCCCAUUAUUCAACUUCACUACCGCUUACGACUACCUCCUGAGCUCCAACCAAAGCUUCCUGGGCUCAUUCGACGACCCAAGGAAACCAGGCCGCGGCCGCUACAACCGCCAGAUGUUUCCCACGAUUACCAUCGAGCAAUGGCGAAAAGGGUCUCAAUGGUUCGAAGUCCAUCGCGAUCUCGCCGUUGGAAUUGUCUCCGACGCCAAAUACUACCGUGUUUUCCACCAGUAUUGCCUGGCACCAUGCUACAACGAUGAACACUAUUUGCCCACGUUGGUCAACAUUCUUUACCCAGAAAUGAGUUCCAACAGGAGCAUUACAUGGGUUGACUGGUCCAAGGGUGGUUCGCAUCCCAGGAAAUACGGAAGGGCAGACGUGACGGACGAGCUUUUGAAUGGAAUGCGACGCAGGACAUGCAAAUAUAAUGGAGAGACGACUAAAAAUUGUUUCCUCUUUGCUAGGAAAUUUCUGCCAAAUACCAUAGAGCCAUUGUUACGGGUUGCUCCAUCGGUGGUAGGUUUCGAUCCUUAGCUCGUUUGUCAUAUUACACUACGAUUAAUUAACAUCAUUGGUCAUUACUUACUCAUAGAUUCAGUUAGUUAUUCCCUGUUCCUUUUUCUUUACUAUAUUGGUUUAUAACUGACUAUCUACGCUUGGGAUUUUCGGUGACAUGUUUUCUAUGCCAAUUCAAUGUCACCUAUAAUAUUGUGUCAAGUGUCCUGUUAUUAUUUAUACUUAUGUUAAACCAAACCGAGUUGAAUUAUUAAAAAAUUAAAGUGUAAAUAAUAACAGGACACUUGGUACAAUACUAUAGGUGGUAUUAAAUUGGCAUAGAAAAACAUGUCACCGAGGAUUCCAAGUGGAUUACAUAUAUGUAGGAACUAUCAUUUUUAUUUUAUUUUUUUUCAUCCCAUUGUACCUGUUCUUUAGUUACUCUUUUAUUCGUUAGCCCUCACUAGAAUAGGCCCAGAAUAAACUUCUUGUUCUUUUGUGUUUCA